GACCCUCGUACGACGUACUAAAAUAGAAAAGCAGCGACAGCGAAUUUUUUCCCGCACGUUACACAAAAGUUAUUAACCGCAAGUCAGUCCCGAACACAUUAAUGAACCGUUAAAAUGAAUCACUUCAAAUUUCAAGUUCAGCAUGUCGUUGAACAAGGCAGGACGAAUCAACAGUUGAUCGACACCUUGGUACAAUGGUUACAAGACAACGACAUGCCGAAAGUACCUCAAGAAACCAUCGUGGAAUUUUUGCUGGCCUGCAACAACGACCUGGAGGCGACCAAGAAGACAAUGCAGUCGUGCUACAAUUGUAAAAAGAACGGGCCGGAAAUUUUCGACGACAGAAACGUGAACAACCCCAACUUGGAGCUGGCGCUGAAGACGAUACGUUUAGCCACGAUGCCGACCAGAACUGAACAAAACUAUGCCGUCCAUUAUUUUAAGGUGCACGACCCGGAUUAUACCAAGUUCGACAUUGUGGCCAACAUAAAGCUCACCCUCAUGCUCCUGGAGGUGACUUUGGAGAAGGAUCCGCCUGACGGGUUGGUGGUGGUCUUGGACAUGGAUAAUAUUGGGUUGAUGCAUGUUACGAAGCUGAAGCUUGGCUUUCUGAGGCUGUUCUUUGAGUUCUUGCAGGAAGGGAUGCCAUUGAAGUUGAAACAGAUACACAUUUUCAACACGUCGUUCGUGUACGACAAGAUUUUGGCUCUGAUUAAGAUCCUGAUGAAGAAAGAGCUUGCUGAGCUGAUCAAGGCUCACCCCCCCAACUUGGACAUGGAGAAGUUUUUCCAGGAGGAGUUGAGGAAGGAGUGCAUUCCAAAGGACUAUGGUGGCAGUUUGGGUACCAUCGAAGAGUUACACGCUGACACCAUUGCGCAAAUGAAGGAAAGGCAGGAGUACUUCGACGAGGAAGAAAGAUCAAGGAAAAAUUAUAGAUUUGAAAGUGUUGAGCUGAAAUAAAUUUUUGCCAUAA